CUACAACCACGAAAGGCGAUCAAGAUGUCUUGUAAGCAUACAAUACGGAAUCGAAUACGCUCAAAUCUCAGAGCUGACCGUGUUUUGAGCAGCCAUGGAGGUCGAUUCCGAUGACGACCCCGUCGUCGCGGAGUACAACGUAUAUAUUACUCCAGAGCUAAAGGAGCAACUUUAUCUCCUUCAAUAUCCCACACGCAAGCGUCAAGAUCCAUUCAAUGCCGAACAUGGCACUUUACCCACCGAAAUGCGUGUAAAACCUAAAACAGGAUUUCUUGAAGUUGACAUCGGAAUUACCCCAGCAAGGCGAUUCGAUAAGCUGAAAGGUCUUCAAUGGGGCCAGGCUCUCAAACAUGCUAAAGACGCCAAGGCGAAAGGAUUUGGGCUGAGCAGUGGCUUUGGGAGAGGGAAUGAGUUAGAGAGCGGAAUGAAGGUACUCGUCAGUGGCAGUGGAUCAGGUAAAGGGAAGUCUGGUUACGAAGAUCCCCUAAACGAUUUUGAGGCCCAAGUCGAGCGAGGUGGAGUGCUUAUGAAGCAGACAUUCGGAGGGACGAUUAAGAAACCUGAUGAAGGAAGGCCGUACUACAUGGCUGGCACUUUUAGAGGGAAUGAGCUCCACCUCACUGAAAUCACGGGAAUAGUCCAGAUGCGGCCCCAAUUUCAUCACAUUGACGCCCAAGCUCAACUAGCCAAAACCACCCUUUCACGAAAUGCGUCCAAAUCACUUGCCAAGCCACAGCAGCCCGUCUCUGCAACAGCACUUGCAGCGCAGCGCAUCAAGGCCGAAUCUGACACCCAGGUAUCGACGACGUAUGAAGCUACCGAAAAGUUCUUGGACGCUGCAUCCGACGAGAACUGGGUCAAGCUCGGAUAUCGAGACGAGGAAGAUGUGGCGAGCUUCGAGCUGUUUGACGAGACCAUGAUCUUGAAGGACGUAAACGGCGCAAAUGAGCUGAAAGCGGAGUGGAAUGCGACACAGUAUCUGGAUGCUAUCAAUCGACCCAUCAUCGAGGAGAAGAAGGCCACAGCCAAGAAGGCGAAAAGCGUGAAGAAACCUGCUGAUCGUCCACACGGCCCGGUGCGGAAGUAGUCUGUAUCAUUCUCUUAAGAUUGUUAUCUUGGGAAGGGCGAUGUCCGAGAAAGCAUAGCGUACGGCGUUUCUUGUGAAGUUUGAUCGGAAUCAGGAGGAUACACGGGAUAUUUCAAAGGGAAAUCUAGGGGCUCAUGUAGACGCAAUCCUCUUUGAAACGAAGAUAUCAUGGAGAUGUUCAAGUGCGUGACCUGCUUAUCUAGCAUGCAAGCAUAUAUCACAUAAGCUGAGGACACGUCAACCAACGUAUUUUGUCUUAUGCCUCCUUCCAUCCCCGCGUUGUCAGUGGUGCUAGUUGGGGAGAUGUAUGGCGAACCGAAUAUACAACUCUGUGCGCUCUCAACAUAUGCACAGCCACCAUGCUGCAAGUGAGAUGUGCACGACCUUGUC